AUGGCGGCAUCAGACGACGGCGGAGGAGGAGUAGUAGGAGGCAAGAUCAAGGGAUCCUGGAGCCCACAAGAGGACGCCACCCUCAUUAAACUGGUGGAGCAACAUGGACCGCGCAAUUGGUCCCUCAUCAGUUCCAGUAUCCCAGGCCGAUCUGGAAAAUCCUGCCGUCUCCGGUGGUGCAAUCAGCUCAGCCCUGACGUGGAGCACCGUCCAUUUACUCGUGAAGAGGACGACGUCAUCGUCAGAGCACAUGCAAUCCAUGGCAACAAGUGGUCCACCAUCUCCAGGCUCCUACCUGGACGCACUGAUAACGCGAUUAAAAACCACUGGAACUCGACUCUCCGCCGACGAGGCGUCUCAAACUCCGGCUUUGCCGUUGCUGUUGCGAAACGACCACUCACAGAUGGAUCCAGCGAGUCAACCCAGUCGGAUCAUCUUCCUGAAUCCAAGAAGCAAUGCUCCCGUAACUCCGACCACAGCAGUUGCGACGGACCUCCGACGGUUCUGACGCUUUUGCCACCCGGGGAUAUCAAAAUCAAAACGGUGGAAGAACAAGUAAUAACAGAAAAGAACGCAGAGGUGGAUGAUGACGUGGAGGAGAAGUCGACGGUGGAGAUGGAGAACACGUGUCUGGUAACGAUCAUGAAACGUAUGAUAGCAGAAGAGGUUCGGAUUUAUAUUAACGAACUAAGAUCCAAAGAAGAGCAUCCUUCGUCUUAG